UUGCUUGCCCUCGCCCGGCGCGAGUCAUCCAUCUACUCUUGCGACGACCUCCAUUUUGUUUUCCAUCAUUUACCCCCCAUUUUCACUAGACGCUGCGAUUCCUGUCGCGGCCGUAGAUCCAUCGCAAUGAUGAUGCUAGACGAGAAAUACAUCGGACUAGCGUUAGCUAUCUCAUCAAGUUUAGCCAUCGGGACGAGUUUUGUAAUAACGAAAAAGGGGUUGAUACAAGCAGAAGAAAAACAUGGCUUCUCCGGCGAAGGUUACAUCUACCUAAGAAACCCUUUAUGGUGGGCAGGAAUGGUAACCAUGAUUACGGGGGAGAUUUGCAACUUCGCCGCAUAUGCGUUUGCUCCAGCUAUUCUAGUGACGCCUCUGGGCGCUCUAUCCGUCCUAAUCGGAGCUGUUCUAGGAUCAUACUUUCUGAAAGAGGAACUGGGAACUUUGGGAAAGCUUGGUUGUGCUAUAUGCCUGCUAGGUGCCAUUAUCAUCGUUCUACAUGCGCCUCCCGACGAGGACAUCCAAACGAUCGACCAAAUCCUUAACUAUGCGAUUAGGCCCGGUUUCCUUCUAUACUGUGCCGUCGUGGCCAUAUUCGCGACUGUCAUGAUCUACAAGAUCGCGCCGCUCCACGGCAAGAAGAACCCGCUGAUCUACCUUUCGAUCUGCUCUACUGUCGGCUCCGUAUCGGUCAUGUCCGUGAAGGCCUUCGGCAUCGCGCUGAAGCUCACUUUCGCAGGCCAUAACCAGUUCACCCACGCUUCGACCUACGUCUUCAUGAUCCUUACCGCACUCUGCAUCCUUACUCAGAUGAAUUAUUUUAAUAAGGCGCUCAGCCAGUUCAGCACCCAGAUAGUCAACCCCCUUUACUAUGUGACCUUCACUACGGCCACCCUUUGCGCCUCGUUCAUCCUCUUCUCCGGCUUCAACACCACCGACGUAGUUAAUACCCUCUCCUUGCUUUCCGGGUUUCUCAUAACCUUCACGGGCGUCUAUCUCUUGAACUUAUCCCGACGCGAUCCGAACGGGACGAGAAUUCUUGCCGGACAGGGCACCGAUGCUGCCGGUACCGACAUGAUAUCGAGCCUACAGACGCGUCUCAGCAUGCAAGCCCGACGAAGUACCGGCUCGCGGAUGAGCAUAGGAAGUCGGGGAAAUUCCGACAGAGAAGGGCUCAUGCGCGCAUACGAUUUGGAACAGGCAGCAGGCGAUUUCAGCCUCAACGACCUUGCCGAAGAUAGCGAUGACGAUUCGUCGUCGAGGAUGAACGGUGCAGCCGUACGCUCGACGAAAGGUCACGAGUCGAUCGAACUACAGAACCGGAAGUCGUCCGGGCAAUAAACUAUUUUGACGUCAGAAGAUUAGUAUCUCAUAUAUGUCCCUGUUCAACAUCUCUACGAUCACAUUGUAUAUUUUCCUAUUCGGCGGCGCUCUUCAUCGAAAGAUUAGAACAUUCAAUUCCACAGGUGGACAAUUCAUAUUAAGGGUUCUCAGGUUGCUAGUUCCUGACCGGAACUUAGGGUGUAAAACAGAAGCAACCCUUCUCUCCUUCGCUGGAGAGGGGGGAAUAUCGGGCUCACGAAAGGAUUAUUAGAGGUAGCAUCAUUUUUGGGUUCUUGCUUGAGAUUAUCUCACCGCGGCGUUCCGGGGAAACAAACGGAUUACUUUGGAAGUAGUGGACCUUCCGGC